GUUCCACGCAGAAAAAAAUUAGUUGAAAUAAUGAAAUAUAAUUCAUUUCCAGGAUAUCCAUUGGCUGUAAUACAUCGAACAUUCAUCUACAAUAAGCCGGCAAAUGUUCAAUAUGCAUUUUUUGUGGUAGUAGGAGCCCUUCUAUAUAUCUUCAACAGUGGAUACGACUCCAUCCACGCUUUCAUUGCGGUGUUUGUGGCGUAUGCCAUAACGAAUUUCAUCGGUGGCACUAUAGAAUCGGUGAUUGCCGCUCACGUUUUCUUUCUGGGAUACCUGCUCGUUGGCUACUGGUACGUGGAAUCAGAAGCAUAUGACAUUACUUGGACGACACCGUACUGUAUCAUGACCCUACGAUUUACUGGGCUAGUUAUGGAUGUUUACGAUGGAGCGCAUUUUAGCAAGCUGAAACCAGAUCAAAAGAAGACUGCAAUUUUGAACCCACCGAGCCUCUUGGAAACUGCCGCCUAUGGUCUCUUCUACACCGGAACCAUCGCUGGACCUCAGUUUACGCUCGCAAAUCUGAUGCCGUCGUUGGGACGUUUCAUUGCUGGCUGCACUUAUAUGGUACUGAAUCAAUGGGGUCAUGUAUGGAUUCCGGACACAUUCUUCAAUUCGGAGAAGUUCUUUAAUAUGUCUUUCUUCAUGCGAUGGACGUGGACGAUGAUAUGGUUCAGGCUCACCAUGUACCGUUACUGCGCUAUUUGGCUGAUAAUUGAAGGAGCUGCUAUCCUGAAUGGUCUCGGCUAUAAUGGCAAAGAUGAAGAAGGGAGAGAUCGGUGGGACGGUGUACGAGAUAUCCACAUAUGGCUUUGGGAAAUGGGACAUGAUUUCUCAUCGGCUAUACAGUCCUUCAAUGUCGGUACAAAUACAUUUGCUAAAAACCAUAUCUUCCGUCGACUCCGAUGGCUUAAUAGCAAACCUGGCGCUCACCUCGUCACAUUGGGCUACCUCGCAAUUUGGCAUGGAUAUCACCUUGGCUACUUCUUCCUAUUCUUCUUUGAAUUCGGCUGUGUGGUCGCUCAGGAACAGUUGUAUUCACUAAUUGACCGUACUCCUGGUUGGGCGGAGUUCAAUGCAAAGCCAGCAGUCCGUCCAUUUAUCUGGCUGUUUGGUCGACUCACAGUAAUGUAUAGCAUGGGAUUUGGUUUCCUAUGCUUUGGACUUGUGAAAACGAAAUACUGGAUUGGACCUCUCAAAUCGCUGUAUUUCAUUGGUUUUCUAAUUUUCUUCGUCAUAUGGCCUAUUGUGCAUUACGUACUGAAGCGAACGUUACCGAAAAAACCAAAGGCUGUCCAGGAGAAAGUGGAGAACUCAGCUCCGACAAAUGGAGUAUCGAAGAAAGAAUUAUAG